CUAAAUACUAGCGCGGCACAUAAACUAGUGGUUUACCGUUCGGAAUGAACUUUUGGUAAUACGUUUCUUUCGGUCGUAACUGUGAAGUGUCAAACGUUUGUGUGUUGAAGCCUGGAAUAAUUUUUUUUCUCAGCAUAUGACGGAAUUUAUACACUUUUUAUGAUUAUAUGGUGUCCAUGUUCAUGUGCUGAUGCCCGUAGUCCAGGCCACUUUGUCUUUUGUUGUAGAAUUACGAGAAUUUCAUAAUGUCGACCUUUAUCACCGUGGCUAUUACCAAAUUCGCACUUACCUCAAGACAAAUGGACAACCCUCAACAAAUACAGGAUCAACUUAUGUAAAAUCAACAGCAUUCGUCGAACCCCCAUUACUUUGGGAACGAGCCAGUACGAGAUUCAAAGUGCCAGAGGCUGUGAAAGCAAGUUACAUUGAACCAAGUGUUUCUGUUCCAACUUACAUCCCUGAAAAAGCAUGUAGCAAGACAUUGUUAAUUAUGUAUCGAGACGAAACGGCGAAGAUAUGUGAUGUCUUCGAACAAAGAGUAUUAAUCCAGGUUGAUCCAAUAAAUCUUGAAGAUUCUUUGAUGAGGAAUGAUCUUUUCCUAUGUAUUGAGCUGUGGUUUGUUGAAGAUCCACUUGACAAGCCAUUUUCUCCAGGAUUACUAACAAAAGUAUGUGAACGUCAACUACGUAUCCACAUAACGCCUUCUCGUGGACUUCAUUAUCACUUCACCGUAUUCUUUGAUUAUUUUCAUUUAUGUGCUAUUGAGUUAGCACUGUAUGGUGCACUAACAAACAUCUCCUCCAAUAUUAUAAGUUGGCCAAAAAUAUCGCCGCAUAAUACACCAUUACAGGCCAACAGUCCGAUAGUGAACUUAGCUCAGCAAACGUGGCACAGUAUUCUUUGUAAUGUUAAACAGGUUAGCAGAUAUCAUUUUGCUCUUGCUAUGCAUCGACAUAUUUGUCAAGUAUUACUGGCAGCACGAGAAUCUAUGCUUUUAUUUUGGCGUGAAAGCAUUCCUUAUUUACCUGCAAAUGUCAAACCAAGAAUAGAAGCUGUGGAUUUUCGAAGUAAAUUGGAUUCACUUACUGAAAUGACUCAGAUUUUAAUAUAUGGUUCUGCAAAGCGUAACGAUUCUACAGGUAACUCUUGUGAUUUACGUCUUGUACGCGUUUAUCUUCAAUUGGCUCUACCAGAUUGUCAUCUGCAGUUUCUGAUGUCUGAAUGCAAUCAACAAGAUACAUUUGGCGGUUUUGACAUAAUGAGUGAAAAGCUAGUAAGAGAAAUCACUGAUUAUAUCGAUGAGAUGGAUGAUGAACCGAAGCGAAUAAGUUUUAUCGGACACAGUAUGGGUUGUGUGAUAAUUCGUGCAGCCUUAUUGGACCCACGUAUGAAACCAUAUUUAUCAAAAUUGCAUACAUUCCUUUCUCUUAGUGGUCCACACUUAGGCACUGUAUACAAUUCCUCUGGUCUUAUCAAUAUGGGUAUUUGGGUUAUGCAGAAAAUUAAAAAAUCUGAAAGUCUUUCUCAGUUAAGAAUGAGAGAUGAUCCUGAUUUACGAAACACAUAUUUAUACCGACUAAGUACUAGUCCUGGUUUAGAUUUGUUUCGUUAUGUCCUAUUGGUUGGAAGUCCUCAGGAUCGUUAUGUACCAUAUCAUUCGACGCGAAUUGAAUUAUGCAAAGCAGCAAUCAGAGAUCCUUCUGCUCUUGGUGUUAUCUAUAUGGAAAUGGUUACAAAUUUGCUACAACGUCUUAUCAAGUCAACACGCACCGCUGUGGUUCGAUAUGAUGUACAUUAUAGUUUAACUAAUUCAGCGAAUACUUUAAUUGGUCGUGCAGCGCAUAUAGCUGUAUUAGAUUCAGAGAUAUUUUUAGAAAAAUUCAUUUGUGUUUCAGGAGCUAAAUAUUUCCGGUGAUGAUUCUGAUAUUCGUUUUCUUAUCUCUCUACAAUAAUAAUAAUAAUAAUAAUCUACUGCAUGUGUACGUGCCCUUAUUGGAUAUUCAUCGGUGAGCUACAAUAUCGUAUGCGAUUGACCUUGCUGUAAAUUCAUUUCUUCACUCGUACACUUAAUGGUCUGUGUCGUAUCUUUUCAUCUGUUGACGAUACAAGAAUCGAGUGGAUUGUGUCUCCUCUCAACAUCUUCAAAAUCAUCAGGUGAGGCGAAGAAGAAAAAGAAUCAGAUGAUCAUUUCCCAAUGGAAAAGCGAUUACAAUCAGAAAAGUCCAUUUCGUUAAUGCAUUUAUAUGUGCUUGUCGUACAGCUUUCCAACGCAUUCACUAUUGCUUUUGAUUUAUUUGACUACACACAAACAUAAAAAAUAAAUAGGUUAAGUGGUAAUUGUAUUCAUAUACCAUACUGGUGUUGCACAACAUAUCACUGUUGCCUAGUCACACCUGAUUCACCUUGUGUUUUACUUUUCUUGUUCAUCUACUCCAUUUUCGGAUUCUAUUCAUGAAAAAAACGAAGGGAAUUCAAUGGGACUACUAAUUAUGUUUACUGUUUCUUCUUUUCUUUUCCUGCCUUCCAUCUUAGUUUGUUAGUUGUGUUGGCGUCCAUAGAUAUAAAUACCACUGGUGUGUGUGUGUGUGUGUGUGUGUAUGUAGAGCUAACAAUAUAUAAUACUUUUUUCUAGUCUAACUGAUGUAGUUGUGUUGCUUCUUUCUACUUCUCAUCAUGCGCACCACUUUGCAGAUAACUCUGGGGAAAGCAUCAAAUAUGUGCGUGUGUACGUGUGCAAAGAAUGCAACGUGCAUUGUUUACAUUUGUUGACUGAAUAUUUUCUGCUAUGGUCUUGACUAUUUGUAUUCUACGUACUGUAUGUAGUAAUGUUGUUGUUUCUUUUCUAUGCUCACUUUUGCUUUUCUGAUUGCUUAUACUUCAUUCCGACUGGCUAUUUUGUGUUCCCUUUCUUUUGUAUCGAUAUUGCUGUUGAAGACGGCAAGGUUGAUGUGAGGAGGAGGAGAAUGAGAAUGGAAAAUAGGCACAAUGGAUACAAUAAGAUUUCAAGUAUUUUUAUCAUUAUGCUAAUAUGUGAUGACUUCUCAUCGUUAACCUUCUUUUCUAUUUCUAACUUCAUUUGAUAAAAGCUAAUGACAAAUAAGAAUAAAUACAUUGAUUUGGUACUGUUUCU